AUGACUUUAGACUCCAUGAUGGCUUGUUGCCUGAGUGAGGAGGCGAAGGAGUCCAAACGAAUCAACGCAGAGAUCGAGAAACAACUCCGGCGAGACAAGAGAGACGCGAGGAGGGAGCUGAAGCUGCUGCUGCUGGGUACUGGAGAGAGCGGCAAGAGCACCUUCAUCAAGCAGAUGAGAAUAAUUCAUGGUUCAGGCUACACAGAUGAGGAUAAGAAGGGCUUUACCAAACUGGUGUACCAGAACAUCUUCACCUCAAUGCAGGCCAUGAUCCGUGCAACUGAGACCCUCAAAAUCCCGUUCAAGUACGAACAGAACAAGAAUAAUGCCCAGUUGGUGCGCGAGGUGGACGUGGAGAAGAUUUCAUCAUUCGAUCAGCCGUACAUCGGUGCCAUAAAGAUGCUGUGGGCUGACCCUGGCAUCCAGGAGGCCUAUGAUCGCAGAAGAGAGUACCAGCUCUCCGACUCAACCAAAUACUAUCUAAGUGAUCUGGAUCGUAUUGCUGAAUCGUCCUAUCUGCCAACCCAACAGGAUGUGCUUAGGGUUCGAAUCCCAACCACUGGGAUCAUAGAAUACCCAUUCGACUUGCAAAGCAUCAUUUUCAGGAUGGUAGAUGUUGGGGGUCAGAGAUCCGAGAGAAGGAAGUGGAUCCACUGCUUUGAAAACGUCACUUCCAUCAUGUUUCUGGUGGCACUCAGCGAGUACGACCAGGUCCUGGUGGAGUCAGACAACGAGAACCGUAUGGAGGAGAGUAAAGCUCUGUUCAGGACCAUCAUCACAUAUCCCUGGUUCCAAAACUCCUCUGUCAUCCUCUUCCUCAACAAGAAGGACCUGCUGGAGGAGAAGAUCAUGUAUUCUCACCUGGUUGACUACUUCCCAGAGUUUGAUGGUCCCCAGAGGGAUGCCCAAGCAGGUCGGGAGUUCAUCUUGAAGAUGUUUGUGGACUUGAACCCAGACAGUGACAAGAUCAUCUACUCGCAUUUCACAUGCGCCACUGACACGGAGAACAUCCGCUUCGUCUUUGCGGCCGUCAAAGACACCAUCCUGCAGCUCAACCUCAAAGAAUACAACCUGGUGUGAAGAGUGAGAUGGAAAGAGAGAGAGAGAGAGAGAGCGAGAGGGAGGGAAUGAGAAAGAGAGUGAGAGAGAGUGCAAGAAAGAGGCCUGCAGCCCCACACACACAGACACACACAUAAACACACAAUAUAUGUAUACAUACACGUACAGAAUGCAGAUUCCACUUCUACAAACACACGUCUGCAUGAAACAUACUGCAGCUCAAAAAAUUAAGCAUUGCUUUAUACUUUACCAGACCAACACUAUCCAUGUUCCGCUCCUACAACUCCAGCUCCUUGGUUGUUGGUUUGCCCAUUUUUAAAAAAGAAUGGUUAUCUGUUUUGUGGUCCUAAUUGCUCCUCUUGUACAAACACACAUGAAACACACUCAAAUAUAACACUCCCUCUGUUUGUCUCCCCCUCAUAUGGCCCUGGGCGUGGCUCACUUUUUAUUUUUUCUUCCUUUCUUUACACUUCAUUAUCACCAGUGCUUGUGUGUUCGAGGUGGGUAGAGGGCCUUCUCUGGGUAAGCUUUUAUGGACAAAGGGCUCUCUCCCCGUCUUCUUAUUUAACCCAUGCAUGCGAUACACUACAGCAUGAGGGCAUGAGGCCAGGCUGCAAACCCUGGGCUCUGCUCACCUGCGAAGGGUAACUAAUUAUGAUGAUAGGAAUAUAUUAUCAGGCAGUGCUGGGGUGCAGUGAGGUACUUGGUUCCCCUGGGUCUUGAAUUGUGUAUUUUCUUUUUCUUUACUUUUUUUUGUUAACCCUGCCCCAAAUCAGAGCUCAGAAGCUCUGUUGAAUGUAAAUAAAGUUUUCAUGCUGCUCACCCAGUGUGAGGGCUACGCAGAGAUAACUACACGUUCUCUGUAGACUUUAAAUAUUUUCAGCUAUGUUCUCUAACUUCUUGGUUAUAUUAUUACUGCUAUUGUUCUCCAGUUAAAAUUGAAGAUGACUACUCAAAGGAAGGCAACGCUCCAGAAAGAAUCACAGUAUGUUCCUUUUUAAGCUGCCCCUCAAGUUUCAAACAUUAUGAAACAAAAAUAUGAGACAACACUACUAGUAUUUACAUAUUGUAUAUCAGCUCCCCUGUUAUUUUAUCACAUUGCCAUAUUAAAACCACCUAGUUUUUUUUCUGUAAAUAUAUGUUGCCAGUAUCCUGUUCAUCCAUUAAGUGGUUCAGAUACUAACGAAACACAUUUGGAAACUGGUAUUGCCAAAAUUAAGUGCACGUUUUUUUUUUUUUUCCUCAUGAUGGAUCAUUCAGAUGUCAGUGGCAUAACAACUCACUUUGUGUGGCAUUUUUUCAUGUCGACUGUUGUCUGAAUCACACAUGUAUUAGUACUGUGAUUUAUUUUCUUUUGUUUCCUUUUGAUGGUGAGAAAAUCUUCCUGUGCACAAUGUGCGAAUUACGAUACCAGAUUAGUACAGUGCAAUAGUCCGUUGUAGGUGAAAUAAAGCUUUUGCGCUGCCCGUUAGCUCACAAGUCACACGUUGGUCUUGAUCAUCCAUAUGGCUUCUCUCUGUAAUCUUAAUCUUAAUUUUGCCAUAUUAUUCGGCCAACAUUUGAUAAACUGUAAUGGAUAGCAAGAGAGUAAAUGGUUCUUUUUUUGUAUGUCUAAUUUAUCAAUCAGAUCUACGUAUUGAUGAUACAGUAAAUGAGACUUCCUCCGUAGUUUCAGCUCAAACGUUUUUCCAACUGAGGAGACAGGAGGAGAUUUUAUACUGCUGUAAAAUAUAUCAAAACUAUUUUAUGGACAAGUGUUCUAUCUUUCUAAUGAUACUUCAUAUAUUUAGUCGUUGCAGUUCUGUUUUGAAAUGCUUGACAAUGGACAACACUGUUUCCAUGUCAGGUUCGUGCUUUAUGCAAAUAGGAAAAUGAAAACAGACAAAAAACUUUAGUGGUUGAAUAUUUCCUGUUAAAGGAUGCUUGCAUUUUUUUGUAAUUUUUGAGGAUAUGUGUCGGCUAUUGGUACCAAUCCCAUAUCGUGUCUCUUGCCUGAUAGUUGUUUAAAUAUUCCAUUAAGCUGAAAGUUGAUAGAUGGCUAUUUUCGUCUUCACAAUGUAAUUCAGGUAAGUUUUUCAUAACUUUUUCAUCACAAGGGCUACUAAUAGCAGCUUUGAUAGAAAUGAAAGGACUCUAGGGAUGGCAUAUAGCAAAAGGUGCAAUUAAUUAAUGAGGGUGGGCUAUGAAUCAAGAGUGUGUUGACAUCCUGUUGAGGGUGAUGGCCGCAGGUUCAGUGAGGGAGGAAUGCAACAGUCCACAGAUGCCUACAUGACAUUCCAGUGACUGUUUGGCUCUUUGUGCAUCUUUUUGCCUUUUAGGGGAGGAGAAUGGCUAGCGUCAAAAGAAGUGGGGUUUCCCAAGGUGCAAUAGCACUUCUAUUUUUCUUUUCUCUUUUUUUGCGUCCUAGCUGUUGCAUCUAUCCGUCCUUUUUACUCCAAUGAAUUUAUGUGCUGAUCUUCUUGGCUUUAUAAUAUUUUCCACUAUGUGGUUAUGCAUAUUUGGCUUAUCUUCUCAUUGGUAGUGUUUCCAUGUUUGACUUUGGCAUUCGCUUUUUGCAUUUGUGUUGGAGUGAAUAAUAAAAAAAAAGAGGAGUGCUCAGGACGUUUUGACCUUUUUGUGCACAUUGAAAGAUGGUAGGGUUAGAUUAAACAUCAAAGAAAGUAUUACAGAUCCUGUUGCACUCCCUCUGUACCUUAAAUUGUUUGCCAGAAGGUAAACAAGUCAACAUUUCUUGAGAUUUUUUACAUAAAAGUGGUAUUCUCUGGUACUUGUAGGGUGUAUUACUUAGCCUUCGUCACAUGCACCCACCGAGAGCAAUCACCUCUUGUGCAAAUGUGUACCAUGUGUUGAUAAAGCCAUUAUCUUGUACAUUUAGUCACUUAAUGAAGAAGGGACAUGUAUAUUUAUGCGAAGUGCCACAUUUUCUGAUUGAUUUCUUGUUUUUCCAGCCUGUACUGGUAAUGGGUUAAUCUUUGGUGCUUUAACCAACAUUUAAAGGCCUUUUCUUGACUAGUUUGUCCCAUGUAAAGGACAGUGCUUUUCGCAUUCACUUGAUAAUAGAAGUUCAUUUCGUGGGUGCCAGAAUUCAGCACACAUUUCUUUUUUUUUAAAUAUAUAAGUUUAUGUAGUUUGAUGUGUGGAUGAAUACGUUUAGAUGAGCUUGGAAAGGAAUAUUGCUCCACUUCACUGCUGGGAUACCAUGGGUCUAUUUGUGUUUUUAAACUUCUGAGCUUAGCCUUCAGGAAACACAUUCUGAACUAUGGCUUACCACCUUAAGGGCAGGCAUGUGGCCUCUUACAUUUCAUUCUCUGUUAGGUGAGAUGUUGAGCAGCAAAUAGACUUGAAUAAGAAUGAGGAGGAUGAUGAUGAUAAACAAAAUGAAGGUGACCACUCCAGGGACCAGUGUUGGCAUGAUAACGGAUCCGUUUUCACAUGCUGACAAUACGUAUACUUCAUGCCUCGUCUCCUUAGCAGCUGUAGAACCAACACAGAAAAAGUUGCAUGGCAACACUACCAGUGAUUAGAGCCAACAGCUGGGUCGGUUAAUCAAAGUCCUUUCCUUUUGAUUUGCUUUAUUCUGUAUUCUGAAUGCUUUUUGGAGGUUUGUACGACAAUCCAGUACAAAACACUGUGCCAAACGAAAUCAAUCCCAGAAAAGAUAUUGAAAUUAGUAAUCUGUAGUAACCUGACCCAGAUCUUUGUGGUAAAACUUGUUCUUACUCCACUUUUACAUGAUGGUUUCUUUUUUUCCCAAAUGAAGCUUGUGUGUUAAGCCUCAGUAUUAAUGUAUUUAUUGAAAGACUUGCCAAGUGAAGGUACUGAAAUGGCCAUUAUAAUAUUUUGGUGGUUAUAAUAGCAAGUGAGUGAAUGAAUAUGCUGUGUGUUUACAUGUCCGCCAUUCUCCGCACUCGUUUUUUUUUCCUUCCCAAACCCCUCUACUUGAUUGGACUGUGUAUUCUUUCCCUGGGUCGAAGGCACUGAAACUGCACCACUGCAAUGGGCCUGCAUUCAUGCAACUUAGAUGUCCGUUCAAGCGCGCUCGUUGGUACUCUGAGGUGUGUGUGUGUAUGUGUACACUUUUGUUGGCUAUUGCUUAUGCUUGAGAUCCAUUCUGAUUAGAGGGAUGGAGAUACAGUGAUAUUAAAAGCUAUCUUUGCAUCUUUUUUUGUUUUUGUUUGUUUUGUAAGGUUGACACACCUUAACACAUGUAUUUAGGACCACUUAAGAUGACAGACUUUUUUUAAAGAGUUAAAAUAAACUUUGUGUAGUGGUGUACAAAUUGAAAGUAAUGUAUUUUUGUUUGAUUUUUUUUCUUCUUUUUUUUUUUUAAGUAUACCAAAUGUAAAUUAUGUACAAUGAGUGUGCCAAUCCCCUUUCUUUGUAAAGCCAGAUUCUUAACAAGUGCCAAUGUUGUGAAAAAUCAGAGGGCCUGUGAAUUUCAUGGUCCAGUUUUUAAAACAAAUAAACACUUAAGUAUGUGAUUAAUUAACUAGAAAAAGGACAAUUUUAUUCUAUAUUUAAGAUUAAUGAUGAACUGCUGUUUUUAAGAUAAAUGUCAUUUUAAUUGCAUGUGUUUGUCAGGUUGGGGAGGGAGUGGGUGGGUGAGAUACUGUAUUCAUGCAACACCCUCAUGAAAAGGGUCCUAAUGGUUAUUGAUUUACAGUAUUUUAGCCAUAUUUCUCUUUUGUAUGUUUCAUUUCAACCACUGUUGCCUGAACCUCAUUCAAACAUGAAAAUGAUUUUCAUAGCCUUCUCCUUUUAAAUGUUUUAAAUUGGAAUAAAAUAUGUUCCUAUACUCUC